UAGAUAUGCUUGCUAAAGAAGGCCUAUAGACCAUCGCAGGCAUGUGCAAACACAACUGAACUUCAGAUCAGCCGAUCUAGAUCGACAUGGCCACACCGUAUAAUCAAAAAUCUCCUUACAGUCCAUCCGGGAUAAGACGAGUCGCCCCUAACAGUGGCACUGUUACGCGAAGCUUGACCGCCCUAAAUGCCAGGAAGGAGACGGAAAGCGCAAAACAGCGAGUCGUACGGUGGAAGCCAACGGCGCAAGACACAGAAUGACCAUCCGGAAGAACAGCUCAAAGACUCUCAAGACAAACUGAGAGAGGCUCAGGAUCAGAGAAACGACCGGCAAAGACGCAUUGACAGGCUGAGUGGAGAGGUUAACGGACUAUGUGGCCAACUCACCAUUCGCGAAGCCCGGAUUGCGAGGAUGACCGAGCAGGCCAAUGAGAGACGAAGCCACACCGCCAACCUCAACUGCUAUUGUCCCUGCGAAGAUUGCUUGGAUGACGAGGACGAAAAGGCGGGUAACUGCCGGUCUGCCACCCCGGUAUCCAAGAGUAGCACGCCGAACAGUGAAGCUUCCGACCUCAAGCCGCUGCGUUUUCAACACAGCAUGGUCGACACCCGUGGCAAAAGGGAUGAGCUCAGUGGUGAGGGCACCGCCAGCAGCAGCCGUGAUGCCAUACUGGGUUUUGCCGAUAGUACUCCGAGCAAGGAUGGGAAUCACGACGACGACACAUUCUAUCAUGCCGACGUAGAUGACUUUGACGUAGAGGAUUCCGACGAAGAAACAAAUCACGAACUCCGAACCAUGUUUGGCAAAUAUUGCGUGAAGGGUACGAAUGUCCAUGCGGAAACGAUGGCCGCCACGGCAUUGCAAUCGCCAACCGCAGAGGCCGAAGGCUAUGUGAUGGUCAAUCCGGAGGAUGUGGACGUGAUGGAACGGCAGCGGGAAAGAAGGGCAAAGGCCAAGGGCUGGCUUUGGCGAUUCGAUCUUGACAGGGGGAAGAUGUUGUAAAGGUGUCAUAGCCGAGAGAGGCAAGGCUCGGUCUCUGUACUUGGUGGAGAAAGCAUGUGUCUAACAGUUCGAGGCUUGUCGCCCUCAAGAUCUACCAUUAGAGCACUUCUGAAGUCGAAGUGCCGAACAGCUGGCACUG